GCAAGCCAAUGCUAUUAGAAGCACCUCCCGCAGACACAGCCGCAGCCGCAGCCGCAGACACAGCUGCAGCCACAGCCACAGCCACCAGUGCUCCACCACCAUCAGAACCAAGUGGGCCACCUCCAUCGGAAUCAAGUGCUCCACCUCCCUCAGAUUUGAGUGCUUCAGUUCCCUCAGAAUCCGGUGCUCCACCUCCCUCAGAAUCGAGUGCUCCUGCUGCUUCAGAGUUGAGUGCACCAACUACGGACGAUCAAACUCCUUCCUCCUCAGUGGGUGUUAUGGAUCUAAUUGUACCAGCAGCAACUACCAGUAGUCAAGCCAUGCCAGAGGCUCCCAACCCCGCUCCAGAUAUUCAAGGAACGAAUGGUCCUGCUACAGCACCAAUGAUCGACUUUUCUUGAUAAGCAAGACCUUAAUAAUCCAUUGCCUGUGUCACAAGGUGGCCUCAUUGCAGUGUCUUGAUUCUUAGGAAGAUUCCCUACUGAGUGCUGAACAAUCGCAGUCUGUAACAUGUCUAGUUAUGGAAUCUGUUGGCCUUUUUUUAAUCAUUUUAUUUCUAUGUUGACAGCAGUUUUGCUUGUGUAAAUCAGUUGAGGUUUUGGUUGUCCUCUUGGUCUCAAUGUUAAACAUCGUAUUCUGCAAAAGAAAUUCAUACUCAAAACAGAGCUUUCGUGUUUC